UCAGAUUAAUCAGUGAUGCUUCAGACACUAAGUGGAGAAAACGAUGACAGAAGCCUUGCCAGAAAUGAGAAGAACAAUUUAAACGGGAAGAGGAGCGCGGCGUCUCCCUGCGGAGCGGUUGAUUUCGACGGGGGAGCUCCUCGGGGACUGUCGGGGCAGCCCGGCCGCGGGGGGCUCCUGGGCGCCGGGCCGCGGUCAUGGCGAAAGGUGCGCGGGCGCGGCGGCGGGGAGGAGCGGAGCCCGGGCGCGGUGGGGCUGGCGGCGCGGCGGACUGUCGCGCAGGGCGAGGGCCGGGCGGCGCGGGGCAUCUCCGCGGCGCAGAUGCUCCUCCUGGGAGGCGCGGGGCGCCGGGGCCGGCGGGACUCCUCCCCCGCGCGGUGUGCGCAGCUCGCCGGGAAGGGGCUGGGCCGCCGCGGCUCGCCCUGCCGCAUCCAGCCCUUUAAACAUGGCGCAGGCCGCGGCGGCCGGGCGAUGACCGCGGGCGGCCGCGCCGGACAUGGCUCAGGCGCCGAUCUUCCCCCCUUCUUCCUAGGGAAGAACAUGCCCAAGGCCAGGGCGGGCGGCGUGGAGGAGGCGAGCCCCGAGAGCGCCGAGAGGAAGGGCCCCGGCCGCCCCCGGGCCGGCGGGGAGAAUGUGUUUAUUGGUCAAUCCAAAAUCUACAGCUACCUGAAUCCUAACAAAACUCCUGGUGCUCGCCCCCCGCUUCAAGAAGAAAACUCUGUCAUGUAUCACGAGGUGAAAUGUCAGGGCAAAACACUAAAUGAAACCUACAGGAAAGGAGAUGAAAAAAAGAAUGGUGGCAAUAUAAUUGAAGGUGCUAUGAAACCAGAAGACCAGAAAGAUAAAGAAAGUGGGUGCAACACUUCAGUGCCCUCCUCUGAUCAAAACCAAGAAACUGUAGAAACCCAAAAGACGCCCCUGCCUUCAGACUGUGCUGAUGAGGCCAAUGCAAAGCCAGCUCAGAAAAAGAUGGUUAAAGCAAAACGUGGACCAAGGAGAAAAAUGCAAGGAAGAACACCAAAUCGAAAAGUGACAGAUUAUUACCCAGUUAGAAGAAGUUCCAGGAAGAGCAAAUCUGAACUGGAGACUGAGGAGAGGAGGAAAAUAGAUGAGCUAAUUACAAGUGGAAAAGAAGAAGGAAUGAAGAUUGAUUACAUCGAUGGCAAAGGGAGAGGAGUAAUCGCUACUAAACAUUUUAAUCGAGGAGAAUUUGUAGUUGAAUAUCAUGGGGAUCUCAUAGAGAUCACUGAUGCUAAAAAGCGAGAAGCUGUGUAUGCUCAAGAUCCAUCCACAGGCUGCUAUAUGUACUAUUUUCAGUACCUCAGCAAAACGUACUGUGUUGAUGCUACAAAAGAAACUAAUCGUCUGGGAAGACUGAUUAAUCACAGCAAAUGUGGCAAUUGUCAAACAAAGCUUCAUGACAUUGAUGGUGUGCCUCAUCUCAUACUGAUAGCUUCCAGAGACAUUAAAGCAGGUGAAGAACUGUUGUACGACUAUGGAGACAGAAGCAAAGCUUCCAUUGAAGCUCAUCCAUGGCUGAAACACUAA